GUUUAGAUGCGCCUCUGUGUGAUUGAGCUGUGCAGCCAGAAGCGGAGCUGCGCUUAUUCACUGCACACCUGGCGCUUUAUUUGCACACAAAAGAGAAAGGAAGAGUUAUCUUUCAGAGAAAGAAAGAGAGAUGAUAUAAAAGAGGAGGGGGAGCUACCUGAGAUAAUGAGGGAGCCCUGGAGAAAUGAUCCUGAUGGGGAAGGAAACCUGACUGGGAUCUAAACGCGGAGCAGCAGCCUCUGAUCAGGAGAGUUUUCCACAAUGAUGCUACGUGAGAUCACCAUCUCAACUCACCUACUUCUGCUCCUCCAGCACUUCGCCCCCCUUACCCUGUCUCUCCUCCAGCCUCCUUACCAUCCACCUAUGCACGUGCCCACCCUGGUCCCCCAUGCCCCGACACCUCUGACCCCGUCCCGUUUCAGUGCAGAAGCCCGGCUGGACUUCACCACACACUGCAACUCCAGUUGCUUCCACAGAGGCGAGCAGGAGAAGAAGGAGCAGCUGACGGACAAACUGGCCUUUGAGACGCUGUACGCAGACGGCUUCCGGACCCUCACCACGGUGGAGGUGGAGGAUGAUAUUGUUGAUGCUCUUCACCCGACUCAUUUGCCUUCCUGGAGAAGAAAGAGAAUAAAACACAGACGGAUGAAGAGGCAGAUUUAUGGAGCAGAUGGUCGUUUUAACAUCCAAGGUGACGACUUCCUGAUGGAUUAUCCCUUCUCCACCGCUGUGCGCAUCUCUACUGGCUGUACGGGUGUCCUGGUGUCUCAGCGACAUGUCCUGACUGCUGCUCACUGUGUGCAUGAUGGGAAGGAUUAUGUUCAUGGAGCGAAAAAGCUCAGGGUGGGAUUCCUGAUCCCUCCGUCUAUCAAUGGCACCAAAGCUGGACUGACCCCCAACAAGAAGCCUCCGGUCCGCUGGGUUCGGGUGAAACGUACCCGGGUACCAAAGGGUUGGAUCCAGGGCCCUCAGGAGGUCAGCAUGGACUUUGACUACGCUCUCCUGGAGCUGCGCUGGCCUCACCGCCGUCCCUUCAUGCGGCUCUCUGUUGCUCCCUCUUCAGAUGACCUUGCAGGAAAUCGCAUCCACUUCUCUGGGUUUGACAGCGACCGCCCUGGGGAGCUGGUGUACAGGUUCUGUCCUGUGGAGGAGGAGUCCAGCGACCUAAUAUACCAGCACUGCGACGCCCGACCUGGAGCCAGCGGCUCUGGUGUGUACGGACGGGUAUGGGACAACACUUUGGAGCGUUGGGAAAGGAAGGUGAUUGGGAUUUUCUCUGGACAUCAGUGGCUGGAGAUAGAUGGUGAGAACAGGGAUUACAACGUAGCUGUUCGCAUCACACCCCUGAAGUUUGCCCAGAUCUGUUACUGGGUGCACGGAAACCGCCUAGACUGCAGCCCGGACUAAAAAAAAAAAGGUGCACAAACUUAUU